AGGACCGGCUCCGCGCAGGAGCGCCGGCCGCCGGGGCCGCAGGGUAGGUGUGGCUCUGCCGGAGGGACUCGAGCCCCGUCCCUCGCCGUCGGGCCCCGCAGCGGCAGCCUCUCAGCCAUGGGCGCCGUCUGGUCCGCCCUGUUGGUCGGAGGGGGCCUGGCCGGAGCGAUCUUCGUGUGGCUGUUGCGGGACGCGGACAAGGAGCAGAAGGACGCCCCUCCUGGGGGGGCUGCGGCCCCGGGGGCCGGUCCGGGCGGCGCGGGAGGACUGAGCCCCGGACCCUCCGGGCGGGAGCUGGUCGCCAAACCAGAGCAUCUUCAAGAAAGCAAUGGCUGUUUGGUUUCAGAGACCAAAGGCCAUGGUAACUUGCAGCAAGCGGCAUGGAGACUGCAGAGUUCUUCUGGAAAAGACAGUGAUUGUGACCAUUCAAGAGAGCAUGUUCCUUCUGGAAGGUUUCCAGACCCGGAAUCUCUGGCCGCAUCUGAGACUGGAAACUCUCGGGGUUACUCUAAAGUCUCAAGAAACGAAAGCCCUGAGUCUUCUGGAGGAGGAUGGGGAUUCCAGAAAGGAAGAGAGACUCUUGCUAAAGUAGCUUCCUGUUUGGCAGAAAAGUUGUAUUCUAGCAACCAGGUCAUUGACAGAGCCAAGGAGGUGAGCCUCGCACAGCAGGGCAAUCAGGACCACGCGGACGAGGACUGGGAAAUGGUGUCCAGGCACUCGUCUUGGGGAGAUGUUAGUUUGAGUGGCAGUCUUGAGGCUCCAGGGUUAAGUCCAAACCAGGGAAUGGACUGUGGCCAAAUAGGAGGUCAGGAAGUAGAUGUGAGACGACAAAAGGCAGGAGCGGCAUCUUCAGGGUCUCCACGAGUCCGCGUCCACUUCCAGGUCCAUUAUGUGCCGAGCGCUGGUUCCCAGCUCGUGGCAAUAACGGGAGACCACGAGAGCCUUGGGAGGUGGAAGUCCUACAUCGCACUCCAGCGUAGCAAGGAUGGGUUCUGGUUCCGCUCCGUGCCCCUGCCCGCAGACACAGUGGUGGCGUGGAAGUUCGUAGUGGUAGACCACGGGGAGAUCACCCGCUGGGAAGAAUGCAGCAAUAGGUCCCUUGACACUGGCCGUGAGGAUAAAGUCGUUCAGAAGUGGUGGGGGAUUCCCUGAGUCUGCGUUUCAAAGUACCAGAGAGGCCGCUGCAGAACCUGGCAAAGGCUAGGUCUGCGGAGCAUACGGAGUGAUUUUCGAUAAAGGAAGUAGAACUCCAAGUUUAGCCAUCGGAGUUGUUUCAGGUUUACCAGUGGCUUUUGUCUAAUGUGCAGAACUAUACAUGUGUAGGUAAUGGCUUCAGCGCGCAUGGCUGCUUUCCCCGUGGCCUUGAUGCGUGGGGCUUUGCUGGUCCAUCGUUCUUCAGGGCUUUGUCCUCCUGGCCGUGACCUGGCCAAGCCCCUAGUGUGGACAGGCCAGGACACACACAAAGCCCCACAGCUGCAGAGCGCUCAGGCUCGAGCAUCUGGCUGGUCCUUAAGCCCAGGGAGGGAAGCAAGCAUCAUUCGAAAAGAGCAGCUUUCCUGUUGGUCCAGCUGCAGAAACUCUCCUUACUACGCGCACACUUCAUAUUUAAGAAUAAUUAAUGCCAUAUGCAACUGUGAUCAGAAAUAUCUGGUCACAAGACAUGAUUAGCAAGGAUGUGAAGACUUCUUCUUCUUCUUUUUUUUUUUGCUUGAUUUUCCCUGCUAGCUGUGGAUUGAAGGUAGCGAGGAAGUCUUGUCUUUGUCUUGAUGGCAAACUGGUGUAGAAAAAGGGCCUGGCCAGAGUUGGUCAUUGGGAAGAGCCAGGGAGGAGAGGGAACAGGAAUGGGAUUGGGGUGUAGACUGAACGAAGUGUCCCCAUGUGUCCCGAGUGAGGGUCCUAGAGGCCUGGGAGGUCCAGGUACAGCCUGACAGUGGGAAGUGGGGGUGGGGGGCACAGCUGUCAUUGACCUCUAGGGCCUUUGUAGGACCAUCUCUCCCCUUGCCCCUCCCUGUCACUGCUCUAGU